AUCUAAUGUUGUUAUUUGUGGAUAUUAUGCAGUACCUGUGUUGAUAACUAUGUUGCAAUAUUCGUUGUAGAAUGCCCGGGAUACGUAGGCGUCGCCGUGACGAUAAUGAUGUCAUUGUUUCAGAAGGAGAGUCACAAUCGCAAGCAUUGUCCGCAUCACAAUCGGUGCAUUCAGACAAUGAUGACUUUACGGAAUUGUCGUCGGAAUACGAAAGCGGCGAUGAGGAGGUCGACCAAUCAGAUGCGAGCGUGCCGAAGUCACCAAGUUUAAAAUCGGUGGAGCGUGGAAGCGGAGACGGAAAGGAACAAUCGGAUAUUGAACAAGAUGGUAUAGCUCCACCUAGUGACAAAGAUGAGCCAAGUUUUAUUCCAACGAAAGGUGUUUUCUAUCAACACGAUGUUCGGUCAAGUAGAGACAGCCACUCAAGUCGAGGAUACAAAACCAAACCAGACACCACUAGAUGGCUCCACGACAAGUUUAACGAAGCGGAACAGACUCCGAAGACCCGCGCGCAAUUGGUUGAAGAAUACGGAUACGAUAUCCGUUCGUAUAAAUAUGGGGAAGCCCCCAAUAUUAAAAGAAACCAACGAUCGAAUCAAGAACCAAAAUUCAUCCAUGAGAAAAAGUUUCCACGGCAACGUGAACGAAAUGGAAAUUAUGAAAAAGGGGGUCGUGCAACUAAUUUGAUCAAGACUCAAGAUUUUCAUUCCAAACGAAGACAAUUUAUUAAACCAGAAACAAGGACAGCUCAACAAAUGGACCGCGCCGAAAAACCGCAGCCGGAACCGAAUUUGAGCUUGACUUUGAACAAAAGUGAAAAUUCGGGGAAAGAUGGUUUAACCCAAGUGUUAGAUGUUAUCAACCAACGUGAGAAUAAGAGGCCCCACAACGAUAAGGUCGAUAAUUUAUCGAAUCGAAUGCAAAACCUGACGAUGAAGCGAGAGUUCAAUCAACCGCGACGAUACUCGUCGCUACGACAACGAACGACGGAGUCACCACGAGGGGAAGCCCCUAAAUCGGGUCAUGUGACUGGAGCGAACUUUAGUAACCCCGAACAUUCAACCCAAAGUAACCUCCCGAUGCCGGCGCCUGAUUGGCUGUUGGAACGGCCAGGUAAAACGGAGACACCAAGUGGUUCAUAUGGCGGAACGCAAAACCAGGCUGGCUUGCAAUUGAUUGACAGCAACAAACUUAACCAGCAAUACGAAGCUUACCAACAAUGGCAGCAAAUGAAUCAGUUUCCGAACAUUGCACAACAACAUGCACCUCUACUGCCACCAAUGGCCACAGAACAGACGUCGUUUGAGGGGAAUCCCCAACAACAUAUAGAUUUGAACCAAAGCCGAGGAACAGCUGGCUCAAUGAAUUUUUCAGCAAAUUAUCAACACAACAGUUAUGUACAAAGAUUGCCCGAUCGUGCACUGCCGCUGCCGCCGCCUCAGAUACCGAUGUUACCAGGGUUACUGGGCCAGCAGGUGGGAGGGGUUACUUAUUACACCCCGGCACCAAACAGCCCGAUUGGCUCUCCACUGAGACGUCCAACAGCAGCCAUUCCCAUACGUCACCCGAUGUGAACAUUUUGUGUCAAUUAUAUUUCCGAAUGUCAAUAAAAUUUCGUUCAUGAUUUUA